UGAUAAGAUCACUAAUAACUGGUUUGAACCAGUGUUUGUUUAUGAGAUCGCCGGACGUGUGUCAAAUAGUAUACACAGUGCUUUUCCAAGUAAAUAAUUACCGACAGAGAAGUGUUCUCGUCACCUGAAAUGCGUGAUCAUAUAAAGGAUAGACAUUGAUAAUGUCACAGAUACAUGUGCACGGGUACAACGUCUCUGUUGGAGGACAACAGGUGAUACAACAAGUCGGAGCUGUAACAGAGGAAGGAGGUGAUGAGGAGGGCAACGUGUGUGUCGGUGGCACGCAGGUCAUCAAUAAAUAUGCUUCACCUCCUCAUGAUGGGGACAGUGAGGUAAAGAGGCGCAGUCAACAUAAAGCUUGGACUACAGCGUGCACUGUGGUGAAAGAACAUGUCCUCAAACAUCCAGUUACCACCAUAAUAGGAAGUCCUGGUGAAGGAAAGACUACAACGGGUUAUUUGGUGAUGAACGACUUCUUGAAAAGACGAUGGUGCACAUUUGCUCCCAAAACACCCCAGGAAUAUUUUUCUCACUCGAUGGAAGAACACACGAUUGUUUUGUUGAAUGAUAUUUUCGGGACAUUUGAAUAUGAUGAGAAUUGUUGGAAAGGUUGGCUUUCUGUUUUUGAUGACAUAAGAUCUCAUAGCCUUAAAAACUCUCAUAGAGAAGAACCGGAAACAUCCAGUGUGAAAUACAUCAUUAUAAGCAGAGACUAUAUUUGGAGAGAAGCAGAGCACAAAUUAGGAAAAUUUAUUAACAACAUAUUCACGAAGGUCAAUAUCCUGGAUAUCAGUACAUCUGUUGAAGCUAAGCUAAACCUUGAUGAUAAGCUGCAAAUCAUUCAUGUCAUGAUGAAUGAACAUGACAGAGAACUUUCCAAAGAUGUCAUUGAAAGAAUAAUCAAGGAACCCACUCCACAUGGGUUUCCACAUUGUGCAGAGCUGAUGUUUACCUUGCAAGACACACGAGAAGACCCAGUGACGUUUUUUAGAGAACCACUUGUCUUCUUGAAGGAGACAAUCAGACAGUUGAGUGACGAUCUGGUAAAACGCUACGUUUUCAUUCUACUCCUUAAACACGGAGGGGAGAUGCCACUUUGCAAAACAACAGAACAGUUACAAGAUGCUGGAAAGGGGUUGAUUCCUGAUCACAUCAUGGAUACCUUUGAUGUUCAUACCUUCCAGAAGACAUGCUACGUGUUACAAGGGCCAUAUCUUCAAAUAGAGGAAGACAUGAUCAAGUUUUCCCACCCAUCUGUGCUCCAAAGUGUAGCAGUGAAUCUCGGAUGUGACUUUCCUGAGUUGUUAAUUAAACAUUGCCAUAUGAACGUGUUAAAGGACAUCCUCCGACACGGGUUUGAACCUAGUGAGAGCUAUGUCGAUGUCACACAUAACAUCAUCCCAAUCGUGGUUGAUAGAUUUGCAAAGGAGCUUUGUAAUGGAAACAUGAUACAUGUUCUUUCGCAUGUCCUUCUGCAGUGGAAAGAGUUUGUAGUGAAAUUGCUCAGUUGCUCUGAUAUUCCAAAGGAUUUGCCAGAGCAUGUUCAUGAAGCCACAGGCGAGUCCUGCUUGUAUCUAGCAUCGAGCAACAAGAAAAACGUGAUUUUAGAAGAGCUAUUGAGAAGGUUCCCAAUGACUAAACAUAACUUGGUAAAUGCUUUGUUUGGUUGCUGUGAGUUUGGAAACAGCAGUGGCGCCAGUUCUAUCCUUUCAUCUAACCAGGAAAAUUUGCAUGAAGUGAGAAACAAAGACGGAGAAACGUUUCUUUUAGUUGCUGCCAGGAAUGGACACAUUGACGUAUGCAGGGCUGUCCUUCCUCGUCAAAAUGUUGACUUGGGGAACAAGCAAGGGGACACCGCUUUGCAUUUAGCAGCAGAGCAAGGCAAUACUGAUCUCAUAAAUCUGUUGAUAGAUCAGGUUAAUGAUGUGGAUCAGAGGAACAAGAAGAUGGAAACAGCUCUACACAAAGCAUUACUUGGUGGACAUAUUGACGCGUCAAAGAAUCUUUUAGAAAGCGGAGCUGAUUUUACCAAGACAGAGUCAAUGGGACUGACGGCACUUCAUUGUGCCUGUUACACGGGUCUAUCAGAGAUAGUUACAAUUCUGGUGGAAAAAGGUUGCGACAUCCAUGCACUAAACAAACGUGGGAGUCAUGCAAUCACAAAAGGUGCUGAAAGUGGACAUACAGAAAUAGUAGAACUGUUACACAAUGCAGGAUGUAGUGUGCACAGAUCUAACAAUGAAGGUUACACUUGUCUACACUUCGCAGGUCAGAAUGGUCACAUGGAUACUGUCAACUGUCUACUAAGAUUAGGCUGUGAUAUAAAUGCCAGAAGUCACAUUGGACGUACGCCUCUAAUGCAAACGGUCAUUGGAAACCAGUUGGAGGUGCUGGAGAUCUUAGUGGAAAAUGGGGCUGACAUCAAUGCUGUGGACAUCGUAGGAUUUAAUACACUAAUGGUGUCUAUUAUGUCCUUUUCUUCAGAUGGAGCUCUGUUUCUGCUUGAGAGGGGUGCAGAUAUCCAUCACCAUUGGUCGGUGCCAAAGUUUAUAAGCUGUCGUCCUUUACAACUUUUUUGGGGAGGGUUAAUACUGCCUCUCCUUCAUAUGAGCAAUAUGAUGGAAAGGUUUCUUCCACAAAAUACUUUGUCACCCCUGAUGCUCUGUGUGAUUACAGGCCAAAAAGACGUUAUGGUGAAUAUUUUAGAACAAGGAGAGGUUCUUGGUGAAAAUCUUCUACACAACUGCUGUGAAAAUGCAGACAACUGUGUUGCCAUGGUCGCGACAAAUCUACCAUCCUUUCCAAAUGCGCUUCAAAAGUCUUUCAUUGCCCGUUUGAAACACGUGUGUACACGUGAUGUUGCUCAGGAACUUAUUCAAAGAGGAGUCGAUGUCAAUGCGUUUGAUAGCAAUGGGUUUGCCCCUUUGCAUCUUGCAGCUGGAAAUGGCCACACUGGUAUUUUGAAAGUAUUACUGGACAGUAAUAAUUGUUUGCUCAAUCCAAGAUCUCGCAAGGAUAAGUCAACUCCUUUACAUGCAGCUGUGGGAAACAAUCACACGGAUUCAGUAAACCUGCUGCUGGCGCACCAUUGUGAAGUAAACAGCAAGGAUAUUGCAGGUCGAAGUCCAGUACAUUUAGCUUGUGAGACGGGCAAUCCCAUUGUUCUGCAGGACCUUCUAGCACAUGGAGCUGAUGCUAAUAUUCAGGAUCAGAAAGGCAACACACCCCUACACUAUGCCGCCUGGGAAGGUGAUCUUGUCAGUGUACGCUGUCUGUUGGGUACUGGAAACAUCUUGGACAUGCAGAACAGGUAUUCUUUCAGAGCAGUCGACUAUGCCUAUGCUCGCUGUAAGACAGACACAGGAAGGGUGCUUGAACAACGUUUUCCUCCACGGAGUCUUCGAAGACGGUGUAAGCUUCAACUAUUGAAAAAAUUGUUUGCACACCCGAACGUGUGUUUCAUCAUGGAUCAUUCCGUGGUGGCACUGUGUGUAUGUGUAUGUAUAUGGUAUGUAUUUGUUAUCACAUGCUUGUUUCACGUUUUCCAAAGAAUGUUUUGUUACCAGUGACCAAGACGUCACAUUCUGAGCAUGUCACGGAUCUUCUAAGAAGCACCUGGGUUGUUUCUGGUAAUGUCAUAAAUGGGAUCGGUACCAUUAUCAGCAGGGGGAAAUAUCAUGUCAACAACAUUACGGCAACCUCUGAGGUCUGGGAAGGUCAUCUUGAAAGACAGUGUACUCUGUCUGAUCGGUACUGUGAAUAUCUUGAACAUACAGAAUAGGUAUUCCUUCAGAGCAGUCGACAACGCAUAUGUUUGUUGCAAUACAGUCACAGGAAGGGUAAAAGAACAACGUUUCUCUCCAUUGAGUCUUCGACGAUGAUGUAAACAACUGAAAACUGUGUUUGUACAGCUGUUCCUGAACACUUGUGGGUAACAUUUACCGUUUUAGUUAACUGUGUUUGUACAGAUGUUCCUGAAACCUUGUGGGUAACAUUUACCGUUUUAGGUAACUGUGUUUGUACAGCUGUUGCUGAACACUUGUGGGUAACAUUUACCGUUUUAGUUAACUGUGUUUGUACAGCUGUUCCUGAACACUUGUGGGUAACAUUUACUGUUUUAGUUAACUGUGUUUGUACGGCUGUUCCUGAACACUUGUGGGUAACAUUUACUGUUUUAGUUAACUGUGUUUGUACAGCUGUUCCUGAACACUUGUGGGUAACAUUUACUGUUUUAGUUAACUGUGUUUGUACAGCUGUUCCUGAACACUUGUGGGUAACAUUUACUGUUUUAGUUAACUGUGUUUGUACAGCUGUUCCUGAACACUUGUGGGUAAC